AUCACAUGUCAGAAUGUAAGGGGUUGUCAGACCUGCAAAUUGGCAAAUAUUUGAACGUAUGCGAAGAAGACUGUCUGUCACCCGACCAAAUUACCACAUUCCAAUACAAAGAGCAGCUGUGAAGAGAAUGGCGCGAGCGUCGUCCCGAAGAGCGUUGUUUCUCUGUUUGCUGGUUCUGCUGCAAGAGUUUGGUCCCGCACACUUUGCCAAACUCGCGCCGAAUGGCUUCCUCAGCGACCGGGAAUUCUUGGAGAGCGAGGAUAUGGCUAAUGACCAAGAAACUGGAAGCAACCUUGUGCCGCAACCCCCAAAAACUCAGUCGUCUACAAUGAAAAGAACUGCUGCCUGGAUCAAGAAUGUCUAUAAAGUCGUCAAGUGCGGAUCGCAGUUUACCAAUGCCGCUACUUCUUUGGCCAGCCUUGCCUUCGGUAUCUAUCAAGCCAUAGAAGGCUGUUGUGGGCGUUUUCCAGAAGCCUGUGAAUAUCGCGACGAGUUUAAUAACUUGAAAACUCAGGUAGAAGAGAAAAGCGUCCUGGCAGACAACUUACAGCUGCAAGCUAAAAAUCUUCAAGUCUGGGUCGAAAAUAACAUCGAUAAGUACUCUGAAUUGUACGACGAAUUGAUGGAUAUUAACAGAGAGCAGGAUCUCUACUUGGAAAGCAUAAAUCCUAAUAUUGAAACUACAUUGAACAACGAAGAGAAGAAUAUCAUGGAUGCCAUCAAGGCAAAGAACAACACCAAGGAGGAACUGGAUUACCUUCAAGUAUCCGACAUGUAUGAAUCAGCCAUUGACAACGCCAUGAAUAUCGGUUUCCCCCUAUUAGGACUUUUAGUCAGCGGUGGAUUCGCAACCUACAAAUACGCCAAGAAAAAUAGAGCUCAGAAGGAGGUUUUCAAGCUCGAGAGAAGAAAUGCCAUCCGACUCAAGACAUCCCCUGACGCUAAAAUUGCAAAACGGAAAACAAACUUGAUCACAAGUUUCAAAACCGCGUACAGACAAAUAAAGAACACACUGAAUACCAAGUUCGCCAGGUCGAUCAAAAUCGUUAAGGGUCUUGGCAAAGCAUUUGGCAUUGCACUAGGUUUCUUUUCCUCAGGGAUGGAAAUUUAUUCCAUCAUUUCUACCCUUAAGGAAUGCGAAAAAAGACGAGAUAAUGCAAAGGAGGCGAGGGACUUUACUGCAAAAGCUCUAGCCAACUUUGAUGAAGCCAUUAAGAAUAUCACUACUUCAAAGAACAUCAUGUACUCGGCUUUUGAGGAAGUACGAAAGGAACUGGUCGCGGAAGACUUGAUGAAGCUGCUAGUAGACAUCAAGCAAGUAGUGGAUAAUACUAAUCCUACACCUGAACUGAUCGAAGCCGCCAAUGGAAUCGAGAACUACAGAUUAAAUAUGCCAUCGGAUAUCUCCCCAAACCAGACGUAUGAUCACCAAAUAAACUUGAUCAAAAGUUUAAGGCAGAUCCCUUUUACUCUCAGCUGUUACACACAAAAGGUGAAGAUGCUCACCUCUAUUCUAAAUGGUUGUCGAGAUGGAACAAAAUCAUUUGAUGAACUAUACUCUGAUGCUACCUCAUUGUUUGGGAGCGAGGCAAGAAGAUGCGAGAGAAAAAUAGGCGCUUUCUACGUGACUAAAGAAACCCUGAAGACAAAACUUGAGACCGUAAUGAAGAAAGAGAAUCUAAGCCCCGUUUGUAGGGUGAACAAUCCGACGACGAAAAGCUUAGCAUGCAUGAAAAAGAGUAAUGGCCAAACUGCAGAAGAUAUCGCCGCAGAAAUGGAGAUUGACAAGGAUGUCAUCAUGCCACUUCUCGAAGACUGUCCGGAGGAGGGUUUGAAUCCAAAGCAGGUAGAACAAGUGUGUAAUUUAAGGGAGCUUCUUGACGGAGACAACAAGCAAGUAGCGAGUAUACUCGGGUUUGACCUUGCUAAAGUGAAGGAAGUGGUCUGUCCUUCAGGCGACAAACCGAAGCGCAAGAAUACCACUUCAGAUAAAGAAGAAUGAAUCCUUCUAUAAUCUAAAGUCGAGCCUGCUAGAAAUUAGACAGACUCAUUGUUGAAUAGAAAAUAAAAUACAGUAAAUAACUUGAAAA